UCAAGCACUACAAAACCCCCUCCGACUGCUGAGACGUCUUACAGUCACUGUCAUCGCUCACAAACUAAACUCAGCCAGCAUAUCAAACAAGCACCACCACAUUAGGAGUACAGCUGUUAUUCCGGGGGCAGUUGACUGAUCAGACCCAAUGGCUCUGCUCAAAUCUGGCUGGCUCUGGAGACAGACUUCAGUCCUCAAACGAUGGAAGCUGAACUGGUGUGACCUGUGGAUAGAUGGUAGCUUUGUUUUUUACCAAACUGACUCUAGAAGAGACUACGAGGCCAAAGUGAAUCUGAAAGCCACCUGUGUGAAUGUGAAAUCUGGACUGGAGUGUUCAAAUGUAUGUCCACCUGAGAGUCACCCCAGAGAGAAUCUGCUGGUUGUUUUCCUGAGGGAUAGUAACACGCUGGUCCUGUGCGCCAACAGUGAAGAUGAGGCACUGGCCUGGAAUCUCCAACUCAUGGAGGCAAAAAGCAACCCUGUUCUCACAUACAAUCCUUAUGAAGAUACAUACCAGACCGUUCCAGUUAACAGUCAUAAUGCGGUUUACAUCAUGCCAAGUACAGGUAGUGGAGGGACUCAACAUGUCUGGGUACACAGAGACUCUUGUGAUGACAAUUUCGGAGAGCAGAUUGCAUUGGGUCUCCUGGCUGGAAUGGCUGCAGGUGCAGCGAUGCGUUCACUUUUAUGGAUGCCCUUCUGGUUCUGCUGAAGACCGAUCAGAUAGAGGGAUGAUAACUGGAAAAAGUGAGAGAACAGACUGGAAGAGCCGUCCAUAAACCUCAGCCAUAGCAAAUGCUCUUGUUCCUGCACAUAAACAUGUAAAUAUGAGAAUAGCUGCAGCUGAUUUAAACUCAUGAAGUGGCCAAUCAGUGUGAAAAAGAGGGAUACUUCUUUUCCAGUUGUUUACAGUCUAAAGAAAACAAUCCUAUUUUAGCUGCUCAUAUUUAUCAGGACAAGAUUUAGCAACAGAUUUUCCUGUAGAAUAUCAAUAUAUAUAUAUAUAACUACAUAAUUUUGCACACAGCUAAUGAUUGUUUUUUGCUCUGUGUAUAGUGUACAUGUAAAGCUUUGCAAACAAGUUUAGGAUUAUAUUGUUAUUUUUAUCAGACACAAGUUCUCCUACCAUUAUUUAUAAAUAGCUUAUAAAUCACUAAAGCCUGAAUUUAUUAUUUUCCAUUGCAUGAGGUUUGAGAGUGAUCAUCAGACCAUUGAAUGCUCUUUUGAAAAGUCUUCUUCCAAGAGAAUAUGAUUCUGAAGUAGCAAACAAAAGCUUAAUAUGAAAUUGUUCUCAUGACUGACCAGUAGAGGCAUUCAUGCACUACUAUGCUACCUUGCAAGUAUAGUUAUAAUAACCUUUAUAUUGUUGUACAACACUUAGGUUAAAAUAAAACGCUGAUAUUACAUAGAGAA